AUGGACUUCAAAAGCUCUCCCAAGAAAAGAAUGAUGUUCACCAAAGAAGAAGAUGAUAUGAUUAAAGAACUUGUAACAGAAUUCGAAAAGAAACCAAAUUGGAAGCAGAUUGGCGAAAAAUUAGGGCGAACAGCAAGACAGUGCAGAGAACGAUUCAAAACAUACCUUGCUCCUAAUACCAAGAACACUGCAUGGACUCCUGAAGAAGAUGAAUUGUUAAAGAAAUUAGUUCAUCAAUUUGGAAAUCAUUGGGCGCAAUUUCGUGUAUAUUUCCCAGGAAAAUCAGAUAAUAACAUUAAGAAUCGCUACAAUUUUCAUAUCCAACCGAUUCGUAAAUCAAAAUAUCAGAAUGUAUCAUUAGAUGAGCCUGUUUUAGAAGUUACACAAGAUGUACUUGAUACUCCAUUUGAUAUGCCAGCAGAAUCCAUAUUUGAAUGGAAUUUAAUGAAUGACGAAACUUAUGAGCUCUUCUCAGCGGAAUAA